CGCGCCCCGCGAUGGCUCGGCUGGCGCAGCGCGGCGCCAGGUGCCCGCCGUCUGCCCGCUGAGACGCGCCGAUUAGGGACCGGCUGGGCCUGGGCGCUCCCAGCCUUCGCCUCCUGCCGCGCCCUCUCCCCUCCUGGGGGAGCCGCUGCCGCUUCCCAGGGGCGAGGGGACAGGGGACCCAGACAAAGCCCACUUUGUGCAGGGAGUUGGCCUGGGGCGUGGAAUGUGCGCGUCGGCGCGCGCCCCCUCCCCGCGCCCCGCCAGCUGCGAGUCUUGGCUCCCGGACUUGUCUCGUCGCGUCGGAGAAGUCGCCCCCCAGCGCCACUCCCCCGCCCAGGGGUGCGAGUUCUGAGCUCCCCGGCCCGGAGUCGUCUUGGUCCCCCCAGGGGCGCUCGCAGGUGUGAGCGUUCAGGGGUUUUGUAGCGGAAUUUGUGCUCUCCAAACCUGGGACCCGGGGCGCCCAGUGGGCACCCGUGCCUUGAGCCUUCCUUUCUGUGGCCGCAGGUCUGAGCUCUCUGGCCUCAGUUUCCCUCCGAUUUUUCUCCUCUUUGCCAGCCCAGGCUGCUGCCGGGCAUUGUUCUUGUUGUCAAAUGGGAGUGCUUUGUGAAGGCUGCCAAGUUGGGGUGUGUUCUCUUUACCCCGUUUUUCAAACAGAACAAGGCCUCUAAUGCUGACCUCGGACGACCCUCUCGGCCCCUACUUCACGUCGUUGCACUGAUUUUUUUUUCUCAUUGAGUAGUAUUUUAUUGUACAGGAGCCACGCCCUGGUUUCUUAAAGGCGCCUAGCACUCUGGCCAUGUGUUGUCUCUGCAGCUGGUGUGUGGGAGGCCUGCGCUGAGCCACCUGUUCUUUCCGCCUCCUGAGACAUCCUCCCACCUGCCUCAAGACUUUAGGGAUGCCAGGGGGGAAGAAGGUGAUCGGAGGUGGCGGCAGUGGCGCUGCCCCCGCUGCCGCCGCUGCCCCCUCUGGGGUCAGGCGUUUAGAGACCAGCGAAGGGGCCUCAGCCCAGAGAGAGGAGGAUCCAGAGGAGGAAGGGGAAGAGGACCUUCGCGACGGAGGCGUCCCCUUCUUUGUCAACCGGGGUGGGCUGCCUGUGGAUGAGGCCACCUGGGAGCGGAUGUGGAAACACGUGGCCAAGAUCCACCCCGAUGGCGAUAAGGUGGCGCAGCGGAUCCGUGGGGCCACGGACCUGCCCAAGAUUCCCAUACCGAGUGUGCCUACGUUCCAGCCGUCUACGCCCGUCCCUGAGCGCCUGGAAGCCGUGCAGCGCUACAUCAGGGAGCUGCACAGGUACAAUCACACAGGGACACAGUUCUUUGAAAUUAAGAAGAGCAGACCUCUGACAGGGCUGAUGGACCUGGCCAAGGAAAUGACCAAAGAGGCUCUGCCAAUCAAAUGCCUGGAAGCCGUGAUCCUGGGAAUUUACCUCACCAACAGCAUGCCCACCCUGGAACGCUUCCCCAUCAGCUUCAAGACCUACUUCUCAGGGAACUACUUCCGCCACAUCGUGCUGGGGGUGAACUUCGGGGGCCGCUACGGCGCGCUGGGCAUGAGCCGGCGCGAGGACCUGAUGUACAAGCCGCCGGCCUUCCGCACGCUCAGCGACCUCGUGCUGGACUACGAGGCCGCCUACGGCCGCUGCUGGCACGUGCUCAAGAAGGUGAAGCUGGGCCAGAGCGUGUCGCACGACCCGCACAGCGUGGAGCAGAUCGAGUGGAAGCACUCGGUGCUGGACGUGGAGAGGCUGGGCCGCGAGGACUUCCGCAAGGAGCUGGAGCGCCACGCCCGGGACAUGCGGCUCAAGAUUGGCAAAGGGACAGGUCCGCCCUCUCCCACCAAGGACCGGAAGAAGGAUGUUUCCUCCCCGCAGCGGGGCCAGUCCAGCCCCCACCGCAGGAACAGUCGCAGCGAGAGACGGUGAGAGACAGGAUGGUGCCUGGGUGGGUCUGAGGAAGCCUUUUCCUUUCUUCUCAUCUUCUGGGUCUCUCUUUUUUUGUGCCCAUUUCUUCUCCCUCCCACCCU